GGUGACGUGUCAGUUUGUUUACCGUGUCGCGUUGCAGCUGCACACAGAAACAUGGCCGUAGAUAUAACUUUACUUUUUAAAGCCAGCGUUAAGACUGUCAAAACCAGGAACAAGGCUAUAGGAAUAGGCUUUGACUCCACGAAAGAUGAAAUUUUUAAGAAAAGCAGAACGAAAAGCGGCUUCUCGUCGAGAGCUAAAGAAGUGAUAACAAACAUCACCAAGCUUCGAGACUUUCUGCUACAGCACCGCAAAGAUUACGUGAGUUCUGGAAGUCUCAUCUCAUCAGAUCUUAACCGUAUGACGGACAGUGAGCGAGACCAGAUCGACCAGGAUGCUCAGAUCUUCAUGAGAACCUGUUCUGACGCCAUCAAGCAGCUACGCAGUGAAGUGGAGAAGCAGACGACAUCAGCCCAGGUUAAGGAGCACCGGGGUGCAGUGCUGGAUAUCAUUGAGAUGUAUCUGACAGGCGUAUGUAAGCUGUACUCUGAGCAGAGAGCCAUCAGAGUCAAAAGAUUGGUGGACAAGAAGAGACUAUCCAAAUUGACACCAGAGCACUCCAGAAAAGUGGAGAAGACUGUGGAAGUGGAACCUGCAGAGGAGAAAAUUAUUCAGGAGGAAACUGUUGAGAAGAAUGCGUCAGAAGUCCAGAACAACUCCAUCAAUCUGUGGGAGGAGGGCCGUGUGGAGGAUGAGCUCUCUCCUGAAGAGAUUCAGAUGUUUGAACAGGAAAACAAGCGGUUGGUCAGUGAAAUGAACAGCCUGGUGGAUGAAGUGAGGCAAAUCGAAGGGAAAGUGGUGGAGAUUUCACGGCUUCAGGAGAUCUUUGCUGAGAAAGUCUUACAACAAGAAAGCGAGAUUGAUAAUAUUCACGAGCUGGUUGUGGGUGCAACGGAGAAUGUCAAGGAUGGCAAUGAGGAUAUACGAGAGGCCAUCAAAAACAAUGCAGGCUUCAGAGUAUGGAUCCUCUUCUUCCUCGUCAUGUGCUCUUUCUCGCUCCUCUUUCUGGAUUGGUAUGACAGCUAACACAACUCACAAAGACCUGAACAAAAGGAAACUGAAACUGGGACGUAUCGUCUCUAAAAGACACGAUGACAACACUGCUACAGUCUCUGGACGCCUUGUUCUGUGUGAAUAUUGUCUUCAAAUGGAAACUACAUUUUGUUCGUCCCUGCACUGAUCUGUUAUUCUUCAGCGUUUUCAGAGGAGCUUUCAUCCAAGUGUGCUUCUGUAGACAAGCGUUAUAUGAAGCCCUGUAUCCAGUUUUGCCAUUUAUUCUGUGAAUGGACUUUUCUACCACUAGGAGAGUGACUGCAUCCAUUUGCAAAGUAAAGAGAGAAAAAGAGCAAAAUUAGUUUUAAAAACCCAUUGUCAAACAAAUCUCACCGUACCGCCAGAUUCUUGGGUCAUACU